UGGCUUGCGGGACAACAUGGCUGCGCCCUCACUAGGGCUGGCUGGUGGAUCCUGCGCCCGGCUCGGUCUCGUCCUCUUGCUGCCACUGUUCUUGCUGCCGGGCGAGGCGGCUGGGGGCGAAGAGGCCAGGACUGGCGCGGGCGCGGGCGCGGCUUCCCUGGCGGGCUCAUGCGGCUGUGGCACUCCCCAGCGGCGCGGGGACCAUGGCAGCUCGGCGGCCGCGCACCGAUACUCGCGGGAAGCGAACGCCCCCGGGCAGGUCCCGGGAGAGCGGCCGCUCGCGCCCACCAAGAUGGUCCUCAUCCCCGCCGGAGUGUUUACAAUGGGCACAGAUGAUCCUCAGAUAAAGCAAGAUGGGGAAGCACCUGCAAGGAGAGUUGCUAUUGAUGCCUUUUACAUGGAUGCCUAUGAAGUCAGUAAUGCUGAAUUUGAGAAGUUUGUGAACUCAACUGGCUAUUUGACAGAGGCUGAGAAGUUUGGUGACUCCUUUGUCUUUGAAGGCAUGUUGAGUGAGCAAGUGAAGACUGAUAUCCAGCAGGCAGUUGCAGCUGCUCCCUGGUGGUUACCUGUUAAAGGCGCUAACUGGAGACACCCAGAAGGACCAGACUCUACUGUUCGACACAGGCCUGAUCAUCCAGUUCUGCACGUCUCCUGGAACGAUGCCGUGGCCUACUGCACGUGGGCGGGAAAGCGGCUGCCCACGGAAGCUGAGUGGGAAUACAGCUGUCGAGGAGGCCUGCAAAACAGACUUUUCCCCUGGGGCAACAAACUGCAGCCGAAAGGCCAACAUUAUGCCAACAUUUGGCAGGGCGAGUUUCCUGUGACCAACACUGGGGAGGACGGCUUCCGAGGGACUGCGCCUGUCGACGCCUUUCCUCCCAAUGGUUAUGGCUUAUACAAUAUAGUGGGGAACGCAUGGGAAUGGACUUCAGACUGGUGGACCGUUCACCAUUCUGUUGAAAAAACACUUAACCCAAAAGGCCCCCCUUCUGGGAAAGACCGGGUGAAGAAAGGUGGAUCCUACAUGUGCCAUAAGUCCUACUGCUAUCGGUACCGCUGUGCCGCUCGAAGCCAGAACACACCCGACAGCUCUGCUUCCAACCUGGGCUUCCGCUGUGCGGCCAACCGUCAGCCCACCACGGGCUAAGAGCCAAGAAGAGCCUUCCUACGCCCAGAAGUCGCAUCUGCCCCGCCCUUGGCUUUCCUCAGAACGCUGAACAACCAACGUGGAGUGAAGAAUCCCCACUCCGAGCUGGGUUACAUACCUGCCCAGGGGCCAAAGGAGCUGCCUCGUGGGACCAGAGUGCUGACCUGUGUCAGUGUGCGUGCUUUAUGGUGUGCCGCACUUCUGGAGAUCAUCGCUGUGCUUGAGUUUGGAGAGUCUCUCAAAGAGGAAGGGGGUGAAGGAGACCCUGGGCGAAACUUCAGAAGGCAUGGGUUCUUCCCAGGCUCUGCCACCAGGGCUAGACCUCAGGGUCCCACACUUGACCUUCUGGAGCCUCCAUGACCUCCUCUAUCCAGUGGGGGGGGAUGCACAGCAUGAUCUCUGAGGCCUUCUCCGACAAAUUCUAUGCGUAUAUUAGAUUCUAUUGUGAUUUCAUAGUAAGAGUUUAUGACAGAUUAUUUUUUAGCUAUUUUUUUCCAUGUGUGAACCUUGGGUAAUACUAAUCAUGUAAAA